CCGUCUUUUAGUCUAUAAAGAAAAAUCAACUUCCUUCACACACCACAUAUUAUCACUCCCGCCUAAUCCUCCGCGUUCCCCUGUCCACGCGCCGGCCUUUCCUUCUCCUCCGGUAGACCUAUACUCAAGAAACUCCAAACUAGUCAGAAGCUCCCACGCCCAUCUCUCUCGAAAUAUCUUACCUAUGGCUGCUCUCUACACGUUAGUCUCCUCCACUCGUCUCUCUGUGUCUCUUCCGUACCAUCGCAACCUACACACGCGCCGCCGUUUCCAUUUUCCGUUAGCAACUCUUGCCUCAUCAUCCUCUCCGGACUCUUCAGCAUCUUCUAACUCUAGCUCGAUCCCUGUAGCCAAUGGGAACACGUUGUCAAACUCUUAUGGAACUCAUGAUAAGGUUGUGGAUGAUAACAGUAGCCUCUUUGCUCGCUUCUUUCGUUCCACCGAGUCUAACGUUGAAAGGAUAAUAUUUGAUUUCCGGUUCCUAGCGCUCUUGGCAGUAGGAGGUUCGCUGGCUGGUUCGCUGCUCUGCUUCCUCAAUGGAUGUGUCUACAUCAUCGAGGCAUACAAAGUCUAUUGGACUAAUUGUGUCAAAGGCAUCCACACCGGCAAAAUGGUUUUGCGCCUAGUAGAAGCUAUUGAUGUUUAUCUGGCUGGGACAGUAAUGUUAAUCUUUAGUAUGGGUUUGUAUGGACUCUUCAUCAGCAACUCUCCUCCUGAUGUCCCUUCUGAAUCGGACCGUGCCCUUAAAGCAUCUUCUCUCUUUGGAAUGUUUGCCAUGAAGGAGAGACCAAAAUGGAUGAAGAUCAGCUCACUAGAUGAGCUUAAAACCAAAGUUGGACAUGUGAUUGUUAUGAUUCUUCUAGUGAAGAUGUUCGAAAGAAGCAAGAUGGUUACCAUCGCCACAGGACUUGACUUGUUAAGUUAUUCCGUUUGUAUUUUCUUGUCAUCUGCUUCUCUUUAUAUCCUCCAUAACCUCCACAAAGGAGAGAACUGAGUGUACUCAAUGUAUCUUCUCCAUUUGUACAUAACCAAAUCUAUUAUUUAUUUUGGAACAACAAAUCUAUUAUUGUUCUUAUUUUAUAUUUUCUCA